UCUUCAUCCUCAUAGUGUACAGGACUUGUAAACUAGAGGUUUGCUGCGGUUGUCUUUAGUCACCAGGAGAAAUAUCAUUGAUAUCAUAUUUCACGAUGGUGCGAUGUACUUCGGAGCGAUGACACUUGUUAACAUACCGAACAUAUUGACAUACUACUCUGGUUCGGUUACUAUCAGAGGCGGUCUUGCAACAUUGACAAGCUGCUUGUCCGUUACUCUGAUCUCUCGUCUGAUGCUUAAUCUACACCAAUCUAUCGAUACUGGCAUUUGCUCCAUCUCUGCCCGGGACGAAGGUCCCAGCCUCGCUGUCUUUACCACCAGAAUUAAUGUACAGUCCGCGAUUUCCUCUCACGAUUAGCAGGCUGGCAUUGGACUCUAUUUCUGGAUGCGAAGAUGCGGAGAUACUUGAUGGGAGUGUAAAACUGUUCUUGUAAUCAUUUUCUUGAAUGCAGGGGCGGACGACGCUGCACCCGCGCUAGAGCUACGCGUCCUUAGAUGCAAUCUCAUCUUUGGGCGUAGAUAGUAUGUUCAUUAUGCUAU